GGAAUGAAGGUAAAUCCAUGUUACUACCAUAUAUCAGGAUGUUUGCAUGUAACAAAAGUGCGUGGCGGUAGGUGCUGUCACGCGUCCCUCAAACAGUGCGUAACAUUGUUUAAUGGCGAUUGGAAUACGUGAAGGCAAGCGACAAAGUGCUCACAAUGGCGCUGAAUGUCCAAUGAAGCAGCAGCAGCAGCAGGAUAGAUUUUGAAAGCCAGUCCGCUACCACGCCAUAUCGGAACGACUGCGCAAAACGACCUCACCCGAUCUUCAAUGUCAGCUUUUCUGUGGCGGAAAGUCGUGCAAAUACUGCGGUGGAAUGAAGUGGCCACCCGAACAGUCUGCCAUCAGAGGACUCUACUCGCAUUGGGUAACUGAUGACGUUUUGGCAAUGUCUCGGCCCACGACACGCCUGCUUGUGCGCUAUGACAUCGUGCAACAGUUUCAGGAGCAUGGAAUUCGAGCCGUCUUCAAUCUUCAAAGUCCAGGCGAACAUGCAUCGUGCGGAAAUGGACUCGAGGAUGAGGGUUUCUCCUAUAAACCCAUGCAGCUCAUGGAAAAGCAAAUAUUUUUUUACAAUUUUGCAUGGAAGGACUAUGGAACGCUGCCCAAGUGGACAAUACUUGAUAUAGUGAAGGUAAUGUCUUUCAGUCUACGGCAGGGCAAAAUCGCUGUACAUUGUCACGCGGGCCUAGGACGAACGGGAGUGCUCAUCGCCUGUUAUCUGAUCUAUUGGCUGCGAUGUCGGGCAAAUGACGCAAUCCGGUAUGUUCGUCUGAAGCGACCAGGUUCAAUUCAGACUUCAGAUCAAAUACUUUGCGUUCAAGAAUUUGCCCAAUACGUUCUUCCCCUCUUUGUCGUUUUUCCAGCACAACAGGACAAAGGAAAAAAGACGUAUACGUUGUGGAAGUGUUUGGAAGAUCAAAAUAAAAUCCUUCAUGGCUUAGAGCAACGUCAUCUGCGAUAUAUCCCGCGGCUAGUUUAUCAUUGUUGUGAACGGCUGGUCCAUCUUGCUACACCUGACAAAGGCCAUUCGACGGCAUCGUCAGAAGACAGCGAAAAUAUCGAGUUGAACAACUUGACGGCGUUCUAUCAAGACUUCAUAGGCGCGACUUACGAUGACACUGUGUGGAAACCUGCUACGACUCCGACUUCGACGUCAGCGCCAUCAUCAGCCGCCAGCCAACAGCAAAACACAGAAGAUGAGAUGAUGGUCUCAGGUUUGAAAGGUCUGCUCGAAUCAGCAGGUCUGUACUCGAAUCUCGAAUCUUCGGAUGAUUCCGAUGUGAGCGACGAGGAAGUUUAUUCGAAUAGUGUAGAAGCAAGCCGCGAGCGGCAAAGUCUUCUUGAAAAAAAUGUUAUUUACCGACAGCUUAUGACUUCGAAGGCAGUACGUGCAACGCAGGUGGCAGCCAGCUCCAGUAGCUGCGCAAAUAUAGGCCGUUCUUGUCUGCAUCUGCCCUUUGUAGGCCCUUCCACUAAAGUUGCACCCUCUCCUUUCGAAGAAGCGCACAAUAACCACGAACACAGCCAGAACGAAAGCGACGCACCUGAAGUAGUUGAGUUAAGGCAUUCACUGAAUGAAGCUCUUCUUCAGGCCAACAAAGACCUACGUAACUAUAACCAAAAUGAUGCUGACGAUGAUGAGGGUCAACACGAUGGCGCGGGCAGCGAGACUCCUUUUUUUAACGGACAUGGCGAUGCCGGAUCUGGGGCCAACUCAAACGCUCGCCAGUGUUCGAGGAUCGUUGCCAAAUGCAUGCUUUUUCAAUACAGCGAUCUUCAGCCGUCCUUCUGGGUCUUCAUCCGAAAAUACAAGCGGGCUCUCAACGAAGAUGCAGGUGCGUGGGAACGAUUGAAAAAUGAACCCAACCCAUGCGUCGUCGCGGCACUUUUGUGGGCAUUUCUCGAAUCCGGUUUAAGCGACCCGGUGCUGUCCCCAGCUGAGCUCACGCAAAUAGUCCUAAAACCUCAGCAGCCUGCUUCUGUUCUUCAAACAUUUCCCAAGGGCAUACGCAUGACGACCGAAUAUUUAGUGCGUUUUCUCGCAAAGCUUGAUGUCGAUCCUGAUAUCCACGAAUGUCUAGUCCAAAGGCUAUGCGGUGUAUUGACGCACCAAAAAAUGGCUUGCAAAGGAUCUCUAAUGCCAAGGCAUACGAAAUGGCCGAAAAUGCGAGAUGGCACAAGCAAAGAGGUGACCCGCUUCAUAAAUACAUUGUUUGAUAUGGUACAAGGCUCAUCUGGAUCUGGAAGACGCUGGAAAGCUAUAUCCUCACCUGACUUUUCAGAUCAUUCUUUGCUCAACAACAACCACAACGACCAGGACCAUCAUUCUUCAUCAGGCGGUCCGAACCAUAAAAACGCGCGCAUUUCUACCAAAACUGCCAUCAAUAUCGUGGCAUUGGCGAUUGCGCGAUAAUGACGGCUUUAUAAAAUCGCCAGUCGAUUAUUAUAUUGUUGAUUCUCAGGAAAGCCGCGCUCAUGGAAUCUAGUAGAAUACAAGCUAACUUGUUGGGCAUAUUUACCUACCAAAUAGGGUGGAACGCUUAAGACGUGUCAUGCUUGAUUUGUAACAUAUAAGUUUGUUGUGCUAUGCAGGCAAACCUUCUCGUUCGAACGCCGUUUUUAACCAAACAAGCUGCUGAUGGCUUAGCGCCUAGUGGGAUUUGGUCGCAACUACAACACUUUAUCGGCACAAAAUGUCUACAGUUUUCGGGUUGCUAAAUCGAAGUGUGGAAUCCUUUAGGUACUUGCGAGUGUAUGCAAAGGUUGCUGCGACGGCUUGCCUAAAGCUCUAUCAGUUUUAAAUAAUGACUUCCGUCAUCUGAAGGUAAACACAGUGAUUUUGUGGCAUGUGGGAAAAGAGAGAAUAUUUGUCUCCCAGAGAAUGCGUCAGGGUCUUCCGAUAAUCUACGAUAUUACCCAGUCACGCUCUUCCCACUUGAUUUUCAACAAAGAUUAAAUAAUAUUUUCCUAUAGCAACCUUAUAUUAGUCUCCUACGGGAAUUUUCCAUUCUUUCUUGCGUUAUUUCGACCCAGAGGGGAAGCAGCUUUUGACAUGUGCUUUUCCACAUUAAUAAAUAAAAAAAUAUAUACGAUAUAUGGUUCUUAUUAACUGGUUUUACUCUUCAUGAAUCUUAAAUAAAGUUUUGAAUAUUAAGUGCUUCCAUUAAACAUAUCUAUGGCAUUGCUGAUUAUGAUAAUUUCUGAGUGACCCACUGGUCGUUUAAAACUUCUAGAAGUUGCAGGUUGUGAUAUCGCUUACUAUUAUGAUGUUAUACUAGAUAUUUAUUAUAGCACCUGUUACCAUGUGUGAAAGAACCUUGAUAGUCUUGGCAGUUACAAUUAAGAAAAAGUGAGAUAAGAUACGAUACGAUAAAACCGUGUAUAUACAUAAAAAGCUUUGCGAAACCACUAAUUUCAUUGGAAUCAGUCCAUUUCAUCCAUAAAUGUAGUUUCUAUGCUACAUGCAACACAUUAUAUAUCGUUAGCAUUGGUAAUUGGUCGCUAGGAUUUUCCUACAUAUAUUAUAAAAGACGAAUUCAUUUCUUUUUUUACGGUUAAAAUCUGUGGUCAUUGGAAAAUUAUUUAUUGACAGACCAUUUACCAUCAAUUUUCCUAGGUUGUAAUGCACCUCUGUAAUGCACUACAGACCAAAUAAUAUAUGAUAAACAAACAUGAAAGUGAGAGCCUGCAUACCUAAUAAAUGCUUGGGUUUUUCAGACAAGGUUAACUUUGUACUCGAUACCAUAAAUGCAGAAAGUGACUGGUCACAUAAUUGAGUCAAAUAAUAUAAACAGAUAUGUAAAUUAGUUCCGCAGAUACGUCUAGAAUAUAUUUUUUCCAAAGUACAACAGUUGUCCAAUACAUAAAAACGACUCUAUUACUCUUAUCUCAUGGACUAAGUCUUACCAAAUUUUUUUAGCUGAUACGCAAAAUUUUUUUCCUGCAGAUUUUACAUGAAAAGUACAUAAGGUUGUAAUGUGAUAAUGUAGAAAGUAUAGAUGUGAUAUUCUAUUCUAAUGAAUGUGGAAUGGAAUGCUAACGUCAAGGCCCAACGUGUAAAUCAUUGUAUAAUUAAUUGUGUCUUCUUUUAUUGUCAAUAAACAUGCGUUCUAAUUGUACCAAUAAAUUUAAUAAUCCCUGCUUGUUUUGUUGUGAUCAAUGAUUACCCUUUUUGU